UGCGUGGCUCCAGGAGGAAACAUGGCGCACGGACCGGUGAAUUUAGCCGUGAUAUGGAGUGUUUUAACCAAACCUUUCAUCAGACUCUGUCUCUCUGUGUUGGUGGUUUUCGCCGCUGCUGGUUCGGCGCGCACCGACGACGCGUUCAGCGCGAGUCACACGGCCUCGGCCCCCGUCGCUGCGGCCCGGGACCUCCGGUACCUCCUGUAUGAUGUGAACCCCCCAGAGGGUUUCAACCUGCGGCGGGACGUCUACAUCCGCAUGGCGUCCCUGGUGAAGACUCUGAGGAAGGACGGGGACGACUGGGUGCUGGUGCUCCCCCCCUGGGGUCGCCUGUACCACUGGCAGAGCCCUGACAUCCACCAGGUCCGCAUCCCCUGGGCAGAGUUCUUCAGCCUCACCAGCCUGCAGGCCAACGUGCCCGUGAUCGAGUACGAGGAGUUCAUGGCCGAGUCCGGAGGCCCGUUCAUCGACCAGGUCCUGGUGCUGCAGAACUACGCCGAGGGCUGGACCGACGGCAAGUGGGAGGAGAAAGUCGAUGAGCGGCCCUGCAUUGAGAAGCUGAUGUACUCCAAAGAUAAACAGGGCUACUACAGGGGCUGGUUCUGGGGUUACGAGGAGACGAGAGCCCGAAAUGUCACGUGCAUGUCAGCCCAGGGUCACGCCUCCAUCCUGGCUCCGCUGCUUCGGAGAAACAUCACAGCGACGUCAGUGAUGCUGGACAGAGCUGAGACGGUCCUGCACGACCACUAUGCCGGGAAGGAUUACUGGGAUACGCGGCGCAGCAUGGUUUUCGCCAAGCACCUGCGUAUCAUAGGAGAUGAGUUCAGAGCAAAGUACCUGAACUCCACAGACAGUAGUGACAACACAGUAUACAACGAGGACUGGACCCGCAUGCAGGCCAAGCUGGGCUCGGCUAAAGGCGGGCCGUACCUGGGGGUCCACCUGCGCAGGAAGGACUUCAUCUGGGGCCACAGAGACGACGUCCCCAGCCUCAAAGGGGCCGUCAAGAAGAUCCGCAGCCUGAUGAAGAAGCACAAACUGGACAGGGUCUUCGUUGCGACGGACGCAGAUGAGGAAGAGCUGGAGAGCCUGAAGAGGCUGCUGCCGGAGCUGGUGCGCUUCGAGCCGUCCUGGGAGGACCUGGAGCUCCUCAAAGACGGAGGGGUGGCCAUCAUCGACCAGUGGAUCUGCGCACACGCCAGGUUCUUCAUCGGAACGUCGGUGUCCACCUUCUCGUUUCGGAUCCACGAGGAGAGGGAGAUCCUGGGCUUCGACCCCAAAACCACCUACAACCGUCUGUGCGGGGACACUGAGAAAGAGUGCGAGCAGCCCACGCACUGGAAGAUAGUUUACUGACCUCACGAUGCACCCGAAAUUCCUGACACAAGUGCCACAAAGCAGUGCUGAAAGUGACGUUUUGUUCGUGCGAGGUGUUUGAAGUGUUUGUGUUGUGGGUUUUUUACUGUUUUUUUUUUUUUUUUAUGUUGUCAGAGUCAGGCAGUCAGGUCUGCAGUGACCGCUGGGACUGAACGUCGUGCUGCAAAGGCCCAGACCGGACCGUCAAACUGAUGUUACUGUAUUUUACAAUUCAUUUCAAAGUGAGGGAAACCAAAUCCUCCCCUACAACCUGGAAUGUUAGGAAACAUGUGUCUUAAAAAGAGCCGCACAGGCGCUGGGUUGCCAUUUCAUAAGUGAGUUCUUGACGUGCCAUUUUCUGAUCUCGGAGUGAUAAUAAUGUGCCGUGUGGGUGAAGCGCUGUUGCGAGAUUUUGAGUGUCAAAGAUUUGACAUCACAGCUGUCAAAACUGUUAUGUGCUUCUUAUGUUUGGAAACAUUUCACCUCAAAAGUGUUUUUUUUUUCCUCUUCAGAAGCCAGAAAUAACACUCUAAGAUCAUGAAUAUCAUGAAUAGGAUCAUGAAAAAAAGAAAUGAAAAUUUGCCAUUUGUGUAAAAUGAAAUGUGCUUUCCAUUUCUUACAUUCAUCUUAAAAUCUCCACGUGUGUGUUUACCCUCCUGCUUUACCUCACAGUUUUGCUGAAUGCUUUAUUAUUGUUCCACAUCAGUUUUUAAGAGUUGGUAUGUGUGGGAUGGCACUGCAGCGCUGCUACAAAAGCAGGAACUGUGACCCAAAUAAGCUAAUUUCUAUUGAUCUUGUAAAUAAUGAAAUCACUAUUUCUUUCCUCUGUGUCUUUUUAAAGCAUAAAGUAUUAAGCCUGGAACAUUGCCACACUGCUGCUGAUGAGUACAUUGUUUGCCAGUCAUGUGCUUUUUGUUUUGUUUUUGUUUUUCGCCGCUGAGAGGAAUGGAGGUGAGACAAAGGGAGGCACCGUGACCUGUCAACACCAGGCCGCCAUCAGAUGCCGUUUCUGCGAACACGCCCUGCUUCUCGCCAUUUUUCAAGAUGCAGCCAUUGUUAUUAGGAAGCGCCUGACUUCUGUUAUCACUAAGAACAUUGCAUCGCUUUGUUUGUAUUGUCUAUAACGGCAACCGUUGACUGAAGCCAAGAUAUUUGCAGGGCUUGAAUACGGCAGCAGACAAUCAGUGUCGUCAGCGGUCGUUAGAGGUUUGGCACUAUUUUUGGUCCACUCGCUGACUGAAAAAAAAAAAAAAAAAAAAAAAAAAAA